AAUCUUGGUACACUCACUACCAAAAUUACACGACACGAUUAUUUAAACAUUUAUUUACUUAUUUUAGUUAAGCCUGUCAUUCAGAAGUCACAACAUAACUUGCAAGUUGCUGGAGAGAAGGGAAGACCUGUACAGAUCGUGUGUCAAGCAGAGGCAGCGCCAAACGUAAGCUUCGUUUGGACCAGAGAUGGUAGAUCUAUUCCAGGAGAAGACACUCUGAAAUUUUCACAACAGGAUAUCAACCUAGGAGGUUCGGCAUGGAAGAGUACCUUAUUUGUCAAUGAUGUAGGGACCAGUGAAUUCGGAAUUUAUGAAUGCACUGCCGAAAACGAUAUGGGAAAAGACGUUGUUCGGAUAAAGCUGAGGGAAACAGGUAAACCAGACCCGCCCAGUGAUCUCUUUGUGGUGAACGUCACUCACAACGCGGUGUCGUUGUCUUGGAAAGCAGGUUUCAAUGGAGGCUUUCAACAGCAGUUCAGAGUACGGUUUAAGAAAAAAACAUCUGAAGAAUACACUUAUAGUGAUUUCAUAGCUGGGAAUGCCUCAGGAGCCAUUAUCAACGGCCUGAACCCCCAAACAGAUUAUGUCUUUGAAAUAAUGUCCCGAAACGUUGUAGGCGAAAGUGACUACAGUGAAGAAGUCGCAUACAUUAAGACCUUAGGUAAGAUAAUAGAUAAUUAUAAUACACCGCGAUAA